AUUUAACAUUACAUCAGGAGUUGCCGUAAUUUACCUUUUAAGUUUAUAUAUCUUUGGUAGUAGUAACCAUAUUGUCAACCAUGUGAUUUUUCUUGGAAGUACAUUUUAGACCAAUUAAAGAACACGUGCAUUUUUCUAGCCCCUCAAACUUCUAUAUAAGUUUCAUCAAUUCCAGCUACUUAGCAUGCAAUAUUUAUUUCAGAUUAAUUAAAAAGAAACUGAAAUUUAAGAAAGCAAAGAUUAUUUAGAGAUUUACAAAUGGCAGUCGAGAUCAGAGUUAUGAUGGCGGUGGUGGUUAUUGCUUCAAGUCUAAUUUCCAUGGCGUCUGCCAUUGAUGGAACAGCCACUUAUUACACAACCUACGUUCCAUCUGCAUGCUAUGGGUUUCAGGACCAGGGUACGCUAAUAGCAGCAGCAAACCCUAGUUUGUACAACAACGGAGCAGCAUGUGGUCGGAGGUACAGAAUCCGGUGCACCGGCGGCACAAACCAGACACCAAACCCUUGCCGGAGCGGUGAAGUGACGGUGAGGAUAGUGGAUCUCUGCCCUGGAUGUGGUGCCAAUCAGCUUGAUCUCUCUCAACAAGCCUUUUCCACCAUUGGUAAUCUUGAUGCUGGCAGAAUUCGCAUUGACUACACUCAGGUCUGAUUAAGGGGACCAUGACAAAUAAUAAUCUCCAUAUUACCAAGAAUAAUAAGCUUCUGAUCAGCAUACGUGGAGCAACGUACACAUGAUCAUUGUUAGCCUGAAAUAAAAUAAAAUAAAAUAAAAUAAACUCGGAUUUCUCGAAUUAUGGAGAUAUUCCCUUACAUGUAGAGAAAUCUUGAGACCUUUGUACUAAAUAUAAACUAUAUGGUAAUUUUAUUCAAAAUAAAGUUUGGUGGCCGGAUCACUCGGAUCGGAUAAUUUAUGUGAUUCGAACAUUCGGUUUUAAUUUUAUGUGAAAAUAGAAUUACACAA